AUGUCCAAAACGAAAGCUGAUUUGAAGGAUUUGCUAGCAUCAUACAAAGAGGCUGUUUUGUAUUGGUCCUCUGCUUUUGAAAAUGCCGAAGAAUUCUCGGGGAUCCAGGCAGCCAAAGUGAAUAAGCCAUUAGAUGAGCUUCUUAAGCUUGCUAAGUUGAUAAAAGCCCAUACCACAAAAGUAGGAAUAAUUUUCAAGCCAGAAAACUUGAAAAAAGAUGCAAACCCUGCCUUCACGACAUUACUGAAGUUGCUGGAGACUUUAAUCUUGUUAGUAUCGGUAGUUGUCCAAUUGAGGCCUAGUGAAAUAUCACAGUUAUACUAUGACGAGCUCUUAAAAGGCAUAAAACAGCUUAUGGAUUCAAACAAAGAGCUUUCCCACGAGUUGACAUUGAUUUUUGACAGCCAGAAUGAUGAAAAUACAGAAAAUACACCAUCUAAAGACUCUGACGAGAUGGACAAGAGGUUGGUGUCUGUUGGGAAAAUUUGGUCCAACUGUGAUGUGUUGAUCAGUAUGAUAAAUAACGGGGCUUUAGCCUUAUUGACCGAUAAGAUAAAGCAAAGUGUGUUGUUAAUUGAAGAUGGCUUUGAGGAGUUUGCUGAGUGGACUGAAAAUGUAGAAGAGAUCGAUGACGACCCAUUUGGGUUCAGUGAUGAUGAAUUUAGCGACGAGGAAUCUGAAGAUGAUGCACAUCCUCCAGUAGCCGAAGACAAAGACAAUAAACUGGAAGAUGAUGGCGAAAACGGUGAGGAUGUGGAAGAGUUGAAGAAGUUCGCGCAAUUGUGGUUGAAGAAAAUUGAAUUGGUGAAACUUCUCAUUCUGUCGUUCAAGAAAUCGUUGCCCUUGUCUACUUCAGGUUCAUCUAUAGACUCGAUUUAUGCCAUUCAAUUUGGCCUUGUGAAGUUGAUAGAUAAAUUCAUUGUAGACUUGAUGUUGGACAGAACUAUCGAUGGUGAAAUUGAAGAGUAUACUGGGGCAAUCACCAAGGAGUCUGUGAAGUUAGCUAAGCUUGCCAGAGAUAUCCAUGCCAAAAAUAACAAGAAGGCUAAAUGGUAUGAAGCAUGGGAGACAAAGUUUCGUACCGGUUUAUAG